AGCCGCUGACAUCGGGAUGGGUCGCGCGGAGGAGAAGAAGCACCGCGAGCCGCUGCGUCUCCGUGCAGGUGGCGCGCGGAGGACGAGCUGAUCCCGCGGAGGAGAAGAAAAGAAGGAAGGAGGAGGAGGAGGAGGGAGAGGAGGAGGAGGAGUAGACCCCGCGAGACAAGAGGAGACGGACGCAGAGAACCACAGAGGAAGAACCCGGCCGCACGUGAGGCGCGCGAGCCCCCCCCGCAGCGUGGGGACUAAUCGAUAAUCGGAGGAGCGUUUUUCCGUGUACGCAGGCGGAGGGAGAGCUUCUCCCCGGAGCAGACCGGCCCGAUGAAUCCCAUGACGCAGUUGUACUACAAGAAGGCGACGUACUCGCCGUACCGCGACCGCAUCCCGCUGCAGAUCGUGCGGGCGGAGGUGGAGCUGUCAGCGGAGGAGCGGGCGUACCUCACCGCUGUGGAGAAAGGUGACUAUGCGGGGGUCAAACACGCCCUCCGCGAGGCCGAGGUCUACUACAACAUGGACGUGAACUGCCUGGACCCGCUGGGCCGCAGCGCGCUGCUCAUCGCCAUCGAGAACGAGAACCUGGAGAUCAUGGAGCUGCUGCUGGACCACGGCAUCCACACGGGCGACGCCCUGCUCUACGCCAUCCGCAAGGAGGUGGUGGGCGCCGUGGAGCUGCUGCUGUCGCACCGCAGGCCCAGCGGCGAGAAACAGGUCCCCUCGCUGAUGAUGGACAGUCAGUUCUCAGAGUUCACCCCGGACAUAACUCCCAUCAUGCUCGCUGCUCACACCAACAACUACGAGAUCAUCAAGCUGCUCGUCCAGCGGAAGGUCACCAUUCCCCGACCACACCAGAUACGAUGCGACUGUGUGGAGUGCGUGUCCAGCUCAGAGGUGGACAGUCUUCGGCACUCGAGGUCUCGACUCAACAUCUACAAGGCGCUGGCCUCGCCCUCGCUCAUCGCGCUGUCCAGCGAGGACCCCAUCCUCACGGCCUUCAGGCUGGGCUGGGAGCUCAAGGAGCUCAGCAAGGUGGAGAACGAGUUCCGGCAGGAGUACGAGGAGCUGUCCCAGCAGUGCAAACGCUUCGCCAAGGACCUUCUGGACCAGGCCAGGAGCUCCAGGGAGCUGGAGACCAUCCUGAACCACAGAGACAACGACCAGAGCGAGGAGCUGGACCCGAGGCAGUGCCACGACCUGGCCAAGCUCAAACUGGCCAUCAAGUACCACCAGAAAGAGGUGAGGACCCCGAGGAGCCGUCAGAGGAGGCCUGCUGGAGGUGCAGUGUGUCCACCGAGGUCACAUGACUUAUGUACAUGUGGAAUACCAGGAGAAACUCAACGGAUGGUUUUAUUCAGUGGAAAAUGACUCCUCACAUCUCCU